CUUAGGUUGGCCAGCACCAAUGAUGGGCCAAGGUUGGGUUUCUUGCAGGCUGGCCCAUAUAAUCAAUUGGCUUGGCUUCUCAUAUGCGGGCCUCUGUGAGCCCAAUACUGUGUAUCCAGCAUAAAAAUCUAAAAUCUGCAGAACUGCCAUAGCAAUUUCAAGAUUACAGUUUGAAACACCAGCCAAGACCAUGAGCACCAAGGUCUCCCUCUUCAGAACACCUUUUUCUUUCCAUACAGAAUUACCAUCAACUUCUUCUAAAAUACCGGUUAUAUCCCCUUCCCCUCUUAUCCUACCCUCCAAUCAUUCUCGUACCCUCGGACUCAAAAAAUCAACCGGGGUCUUGGCAAGUUGUGUUACUGCAGCACAAGCAGAGGUUGAAGUUGAAGUUGCAGAGGGGUACACAGUGACGCAGUUUUGUGAUAAAAUAAUUGAUGUAUUCUUGAAUGAGAAACCAAAGUCUAGAGAUUGGAAAAGAUUUUUGGUUUUAAGAGAGGAGUGGAAGAAAUACAGCGAAAGCUUUUACAGUCGAUGUAAAAACCGUGCCAAUGCAGAGAAUGAUUCUGGAAUGAAACAAAAGUUAAUUGACUUAUCAAGAAAAGUUAAAAAGAUUGAUGAUGAAAUGGAAAGGCAUACUGAGCUUCUUAAAGAGUUGCAAGAUAAUCCUACUGAUGUAAAUGCAAUUGUAACAAAGCGGCGCAAGGACUUCACCGGGGAAUUCUUUCGUUAUCUUACUUUGCUCUCGGAAACCCAUGAUAGCUUGGAGGAUCGAGAUGCGGUUGCCCGACUUGGGGCUCGAUGCUUAUCAGCAGUUAGUGCUUUUGAUAAUACACUAGAGAUCGUGGGUUCAUUAGAUGCUGCCCAGAAAAAGUUUGAAGACAUCUUGAACUCUCCCUCGAUAGAUGUGGCAUGUGAGAAGAUCAAAAGUCUUGCCAAGGCAAAAGAACUUGACUCAUCCUUGAUCCUGUUGAUAAAUGGUGCUUGGGCAUCGGCAAAGGAGUCAACUACCAUGAAAAAUGAGACCAAAGACAUCAUGUAUCAUCUGUACAAGGCCACAAAGACUAGUAUGAGGAGUAUUGCACCAAAAGAAAUAAAGCUACUCAAGUAUUUGCUCAACAUCACAGAUCCCGAGGAGCGAUUCUCAGCAUUGGCCACUGCGUUCUCCCCGGGUGAUGAACAUGAUGCCAAAGACCCAAGUGCUAUAUACACAACUCCAAAGGAACUGCACAAGUGGAUUAAGAUCAUGCUUGAUGCUUAUCAUCUCAAUAAAGAGGAAACUGAAAUUAGGGAAGCAAAGCAAAUGAACCAACCUGUUGUGGUCCAGCGGCUUUUCAUUCUCAAAGAAACUAUUGAAGGGGAAUACUUGGAACAAAAUGUUAAAACGGAAAAAGAUGUCGAGCCGGAAGAGUUGUGAGGUAAAACUGUUCUAAUCAAUUGACAAUUAUGUUGCUAGUACUUUUUUCCCAGAACUAGGUUGAAUAGGCAUCGGUUGGAAGCUUCUGUGGAUCAAUUGAUAGGUUUUAGCACUGCAUGUAGUUUUAUCCAUUUUGAUAUGGAUUCUAAUAUGCAUAAUUUAGUUGCAUCAGCAAUCAUCAUUUUGUAUAAUCUGUGGCUUGAUGAACUGCUAUGGACAUUAAACGCUAUGAGUUAUUUGUAUAACCAUGAGAGUCAUUUUCUUUA